AUGCCCAGUCUUCCUUUGUUGUUGCUGCUGCUGCUCCUCUGGGCUGUGGCUUCUCGUGGAUUUCCAGCAUUUUCGGAAGCCCACCUGUGCGACGUGGAGAUGGUCCAGAGAUACCUGGAAAACUACUACAGUUUGAAGGAUGAGAGCAUGCUAAGCCAGAUGAUGCGAGGCAGUGGGUUGGUGGCUGACAAGCUGAAACAAAUGCAACAGUUCUUUGGACUGAAGGUGACUGGGAAGUCAGAUCCGGAAACGCUGAGGGUGAUGGUGAAGCCCAGAUGUGGAGUGUCAGAUGUGGCUGCUGGGUACACCAUCAGCCCUUACUACACUCACUUUGGUACUUGGGGGAAAACGAAUCUGACUUACAGGGUUAUAAAUUACACACCAGAUUUGCCAAUACCAGUUGUGGACCUUGCUUUUGAGAAAGCCUUUCAAGUCUGGAGUAAUGUCGCAUCACUGACAUUCUCCAGGGUCUCUGAGGGUGAAGCAGAUAUAAUGAUCUCCUUUGUUAGCGGAGAUCAUUACGACAAUAAUCCCUUUGAUGGACCUGGAGAAAAACUAGCUCAUGCUUUUCAACCUGGCCCAAGGCUUGGAGGUGAUAUUCAUUUUGAUGAGGAUGAAAGGUGGACCAAUAAUAAUGAAGAAUUCAACUUGUAUUACGUUGCGGCUCAUGAGGUGGGUCACUCCCUUGGACUCGCUCAUUCUCCUUACAUUGGAUCUUUAAUGUACCCCAGCUACACGAAGUUCACUGGUGAGGUCAUGCUAUCUCAAUUUGACAUUGAUGUCAUCCAAGCUUUAUAUGGACCUUCCCUGAAUCCUGUCCAGCCAACAAGCCCACAAAUCCCACAAGCAUGUGAUCGUAGGCUGACAUUUGAUGCUGUAACUACAAUUCGAGGAGAUGUAAUGUUUUUUAAAGACAGGUUUUAUCUGCGUAAAAUUUCCUUCAUGCGAGAAAUUGAGCUCCACUAUAUCGCUACUCUCUGGCCACAUCUGCCAAGUAGACUUGAUGCUGCUUAUGAAUUUACUACUGAAGAUGAGGUCAGGUUUUUCAAAGGAAGUAGAUAUUGGGCUGUUCAGGGAGAGACUCCACUGGCCGGCUACCCCAGGAGCAUCCACCACUCCUUUGGCUUCUCAAGACAAGUGAAGCAUAUCGAUGCUGCAGUUUAUCAUGAAGAUACUGGAAAAACUUACUUCUUCACUGAUAACAUGUACUGGAGGUAUGAUGAAUAUCAACAGUCCAUGGAUGCAGGCUACCCCAAAUUUACAGCACACGACUUUCCUGGAAUUGUUCGCAAGGUUGAUGCAGUUUUUGAGAAACAAGGAUUUUUCUAUUUCUUUCAUGGAGCAAAACAAUAUAAAUUUAAUCUUCAACAAAAGAGAAUUGAGUCUUAUGCCAAAGCCAACAGGUGGUUCAACUGCUAA